GCGCCGCGGUGAGCGCCGCCCGCCCGCCCUGCCCCGUGGCGGCCAUGGCCCCCAUGGGGAUCCGCCUGUCGCCCCUCGGCAUGGCAGUGUUCUGCCUGCUGGGGCUGGGCGUCCUCUACCACCUCUACUCGGGCUUCCUGGCCGGCCGCUUCGCCUUCUUCAUGCUGGGCGAGCCGGAGGCGGCGCGCGGCGCGGCGGGCGCCGUGGACCUGCGCGAGCUGCUGGCCGUGUGCGUGGAGGCGGCGGCGCGCGGCGGCGCCGAGGUGCGGCGCGUCCGCGAGGGCAACGUCCUCAACGAGAAGGCCAAGGGCAAGACGCGCGAGGGCGCCGAGGAGAAGCUCACGAGCGGCGACCUGCUCUCCAACCGCCGCAUGUUCCACCUGCUGCGGGCCGCCUUCCCCGGCGUGCAGAUAAAUUCCGAAGAACAUGUUGAUGCAGCUGAUCAGGAGACCGUCACUUGGGAUCGUAGUAUUCCCGAAGAUAUAAAGAGUAAAAUACAGUCUAAAGAGGUUCCAGCAGAAAGCGUUACUGUCUGGAUUGAUCCGCUAGAUGCUACACAAGAAUACACAGAGGAUCUUCGGCAGUACGUCACAACAAUGGUUUGCGUGGCUGUAAAUGGUAAACCUGUAAUAGGAGUGAUACACAAGCCUUUCUCAGCAUAUACAGCCUGGGCAAUGGUGGAUGGCGGAUCCAAUAUAAAGGCUCGUUCGUCCUACAACGAGAAAACCCCGAGGAUUAUUGUAUCCCGUUCCCAUGCAGGAAAAGUCGAGCAGGUUGCACGGCAGACGUUUGGAAACAAAACUGUGAUAAUCCCUGCUGGUGGAGCAGGUUACAAAGUGUUGGCUCUCCUUGAUGUGCCUGAAGAGAAUCAAGAAGAAGCUGAUGUGUAUAUUCAUGUCACUUAUAUUAAGAAGUGGGACAUAUGUGCUGGAAAUGCUGUGCUGAGAGCACUGGGUGGCCAUAUGACUACCCUGGCUGGUGAAGAAAUCACUUAUACUGGCUCAGAUGGCAAUGAGGGAGGACUUAUAGCCAGUAUCAACAUGAACCAUAAAGCACUGAUUGAAAAACUUCCAAAUCUGGAGAAAACAUCACACAAAUAAACUCAGCUGGUGGAAAAGUAUAAGUAAUGCUUUUGUAGUCUCCAGAUGUUCUGUCUGAAGAGGCCGGCGUGAAAACCCGCAGGGAAAGAUGCACAGCAAAGCAAAGCGAUUUGGUGUGGGCUUGGGGACUGUAGAGUACAUUGGGAUGCUUGAGUGAUGGUAUUUUAAAAAAAAAAAAAAAAAAGAAAAGAAAAAAAAAGAAAAGAAAAGAAACAAAAAAAUGGAAGUAGAAAGGUGGCUGACCUCUUCCCACCUCAGUUUCCAUGUCUUAUUUUUUAGACUGUUUUCUUGCAGUUCUUAUACUCAAGAUACAGUAUAUAUUUGGGAAUUCAAGUGAACUGAAAGGAAAAUCCAAAUUGGUUCAUAAAAUAAUCAAAGUAGUUCUCACAGGAAUUUCUUUGAAGCUUUUACACCUUGUUACAGUACUUUUAGAAGCUCCAUAAUGAAUUAGGUAGAGAGAAAAAGAAUGUUUUAUAUAAGCAUUUGAUUACUGUAAACAAUUUAGCAGGAAAUAUGACCCCGUGUUCUAUAUCCCCUGAAUGGAAAGCACAAGAAAAUCGACACAAGUUUAGAUACAGCAACAGUUUAUCUUUGACAGAGGGGCACUCUUUCUGCUUUUUAAGAGAAAAAUAAAAAAGAGAUGUUCUGUACUAUUUUGGCGUUUUCCUGAAGAUGUAAACCAGUUUAGUUCAGACAAGUUGUGAAUAAUGUGUUUUAUUAAUCAGUGUGAUUAUUUCCAUAUGCCCUUUUAAAAGAAGGUAAUGUUCCCUUGUAUAGUUUUUAACAAUUAAUUCUCGUCUUUGAUUUCUGUGUACAGUGUUGAAGGUGCAUGCCAGAUUUUCCUCUAAUGUAGGACUUGUUCAUCAUUUGGUGUCUAUACCUAUAGAAGCAGCCCCUCAUUUUGGUAUCUAUUUUCUUACCAUUGAGCAAAGUCAUACAGAGUGAAUUUGAUGGGAAUAGUGAGUUGGUUGAUUGGUUUUAUUUACAACAUGAGAUAGAAACCAGCAAUUUUUCUAGAACUCAAGAAUGACCGUGGUCUCCUGUCUUCAGGUGCAUUCAUUUCUGCAGAAAGUUUUCGAGUCAUCCUGAACAGUCGGUGGUUGCCUGAUUUAUGGAAACUAGCCCAGUGCAUGAAGCCGUUUUCUCCUAUCUUUAAAUUUAGUUUAARCAAUUUUGAAGAGUAGGUAGCAUCUAAAGUACAACAGGGUGACAGCGUUGUUCAGUAAAGUUUUGUAGAACUGAGUCCUGUGUACACAGAACAGAAGCCCUUUGAUAUCAAAUGACAAAUUUUCCAUUUAUAGUUUACUUAGUGUAAGCAAAGACUGUUUAAAGCAAAUUCAUGUUCCUCUGGUAAAUAUCAUAAUUACUGCAUUUUUUUCAUUUCUUGCUGUUAUGAGCAGUAGGAGGGCACCACAUCAACAGUGGUGCCUGUCCUACCUCUUUUAAAACUGUUAACUUACAGCAAGUGCUCACUUUUCUGAAGGUCCUCCUCAGAUGUUACA